CAGAGAGAAUGUGUGUGUGUGUGUGUAAGAGAGAGUGCAGGGUCACACAUUUGCUCACCAUGCGAUGACAGAUAAGGUUGGUAUCACAGAACUGACAAGUAAAAAAGAUCAGAGAGGCCAUUUUUAUGAAGUGGGGAGAGGCUGAAAGAAAUGGAACUGCUGACAGCUGUCGUUCUACUACAAGUUUUGGGCGCCUUUCAAGCCCUUCCAACCACAAGUUAUCCAGUCUUCCAGUGGAAUAAUACUGACAUUCCGAAGCCAAGUGAACCUGACCAUUUCAAUCUGUCUGGCAUCUGCGCCGGGGUGGUAAUGACUCACACUCACACCCAUGGAUGGAUCCCAGCUGAACUCAGUCUAACCAAUCGCAGCACUGUAGCCCAACACAUAUGCAGACACCUGGGCUGUGGGGAAGUGCAUGAGGUCAGACAAAACGCAACCACAGUAGUACUCAACAGCACCUGUGCCACUGAGUGCGUCUUUAAAGAGCCCAAGCGUCUCCACUGCAACGAGAACACCAAUGGCAUCUGUUUUAACAUCACUGAGAUACACUGUACUCACCAAGCUAUCCGACUGGCCAACGGCACCAACCCCUGCCAGGGCCGCGUGGAGGUGUACAGCAACAGAACGUGGGGCUCGGUCUGCGACGACGGUUGGAACUUAGCGGCUGGACAUGUGGUGUGCGCCCAGCUAGGCUGUGGGUUGGCCCAUAAGGUCACCGGAGAGGAGAGGCAGCCUUUCCCGUCCGGUUCCGGGCCCAUUCACCUGGACGAACUGAACUGCACGGGGACGGAAAAGCACCUGUGGCAGUGCAAGACCCGGAGGACUGGACAUGCUCACGACUGCGGCCACAAAGAGGACGCUGGGGUGGUGUGCACAGGAGGCCUCCCUCCCCUCUCUAUUGAACAGCCAACCACGCGGUCUCCACCCAAUUGGACCACAGGUGCAGCCACCUCGGCCUCCAUGGAGGCGGCCCCGGCCACACCCGGACUGCAAGCUGCAGUAGCAGGCUGCAUCGUGCUGUCGGUGGCUCUGAUCUUGGUGCUGGCCUCCAAUGUCAUACUCUGUGGGCGGCAGAAGAGGAGAACUGCACGUGUGAUCCAUCAAACAUACAAUGGUUCCACCUCAAACAUUAUAAGGGAAUGGAGUGAGCAGGAAGAGCCUGAUGUCAACCUGCUCAGAGUCACAACAGAAUACGGUCCAAAUGAAGUGUACCCCUCAACUCCAAAAUUUUCUGUUGCACACCGGCCACCAUCAGCAGACGACAGCUCCUCCACCAGCUCCUGUGACUCAGAUGAAAUGAAUUACUACAUAAAGCCUAUUGCUACCACGCCAAGCGUUCAGGCUCCCAAGGCUCCACACAGCCCAGGCCCAGUAUCAAAGGAAAUAAUCAAUGGGAAUGAUAAACCAGGAGGCGACUCGGAUUUGGAGAGCGGAGAGGACUAUGAAAACACAGGCAUAGAAAUCCACAAUCUUUUAAAGUCAGAGACUAUUUUGACUCCGAAUGACUUACAGAACGACCCAUCUGUCCAUGACCCACACAACUUGCAGAGGGCAGCAAGCACUGAGUCUUUGGGGUCGAGUGGCUCAUCCUCUGAAGAGGACUAUCAAAACAUGGCCUUUCACAGGGAGAUGACUCUUCCAUAUCCAGAAUGCCAGCCAAGCUCGGAACAACUAACGUCUUUACCUACAAAUGAAAACUAUAGUGGAUCCAAUCACUACAACAGGGGCCAUAUCCCUGAAAGCUACUGUGAUCAAGAUGACUCUUGUAGCACAUCUUCGGGGGAUUCCUAUGUGAACGUACCGGCAAUAAACAAGGCAGACUGCUCCCGUUCAACACACGAAGACCCAGCAGAUCAGUCGUCUUCAGACAGCGAUUAUGACGAGGUGGCCACAUGACGCCGGCACUUUAACUUAUUAUGGACAUUUGAAGAUUACGGGAGCAGCUGCAACAAAAUGGCAGACAAGCACAGCCAGGGUUCCGUAGAUAGUGUUAUUUAUUUGGUCUCCAUAUGGACACAUCUGUUGUUUUAUUUACUUCUCAUAAACUCUCUCUCACUCACUCAUACACAACUAAUGCAAUGAAAGAUGAUAAGUAUAUACAAAAACAAACCUGGCCAAUUUGCUCUGUAUCUUUG